AUGGGAAAAAUAAAGGACAAAAAGUUAGAUGGGGAGACCCAUGGAAAAAGGCAGCGCUCACCGAAAUUAUGUGGGACUAACUAUCCAGUUAGCAUUGCCUUUAUUGUGGUCAGCGAGUUCUGCGAGAGAUUCUCUUACUAUGGCGUGAAAGCGGUGCUCACACUCUACUUCAUCCACUAUCUGGACUGGGACAAGAAUCUGUCCACAGCUGUGUACCAUGCUUUCUCAAGCCUGUGCUACUUUACUCCACUUUUGGGGGCCUUGAUAGCAGACUCAUGGUUAGGGAAGUUCAAAACCAUCAUCUAUCUGUCUAUAGUUUAUGUCAUUGGUCAUGUGGUCAAGUCUGUUGGGGACAUUCCUGAUGUUGGGGACAGCACCAUUCAUAUAGUUCUGUCAAUGCUUGGUCUGAUCCUCAUAGCUUUUGGGACAGGAGGGAUAAAACCGUGUGUUGCAGCUUUUGGUGGUGACCAGUUUGAUGAGGAGCAUGUAAAAGAGAGAAGAAAAUUCUUCUCAAUCUUUUACAUGUCAAUCAAUGCUGGAAGUGGCCUAUCAACCAUUGUAACACCAUUACUUAGAGGUGAUGUGCAGUGUUUUGGAGGAGACUGCUAUGCCCUGGCCUUUGCAGUCCCCGCGGCUUUAAUGGUCAUUGCCCUUGUGUUUUUUAUUGCUGGAAGUGGGAUGUAUAAGGAGAGUCCUCCUGAGGGGAAUGUCCUUGCAAGAGGUAGGAGUAGGAUGCUGAAUGCUUUGCUGAUUCUGGUGUUUAUUCCAAUUUUCGACAUGGGAAUAUACCCACUGAUAGGCCUGUGUCGGAUCAAGCUCACUCCUCUAAGGAAGAUGGCAGCAGGCAUGAUCCUUGCUGCACUUGCCUUCUGUGCUGCAACAAUCAUAGAAGUCAGCGUCAUUAAUAUUGUUGUGGAGCCCCCUCCUGCCAAACAAAGCCUAAUUCAGGUUUUCAGUCUUAUGGAUUCAGAUGUCACAGUGCAGUUUACAGGACAUAAUGUCUUCUCAGAGCCAAUCAAAUCAUAUGAGGAUCCUUUGGAAUACACCAGUCUUCCACUUGCUGGUGUUUCCCAGCUGCACACAGUUACUGUCAGUCACAAUGGGACACAACAUCAGUGUCAGCUCAACUUCACAGAGCAGACUGCCUACAGCCUCAUCCUGCACAGUCAUCCUAAUGGCAUUGCAUGCAAACUGGUGGAAGAUUACAUCACCAAAUCUGAAACCGGGGCUGUGUAUCUAAGGUUUAUUAAUACACGUUCAGAGAGUAUCAGCAUAACAGUUGGCACUGAUGAAUUAUAUGUGCCUGCUGAUUAUGGCAUUUCUCGCAAUAUCAGCAUACAAAGGGGAGAAUACAAUGGAGUUAAAUGCAUAUCCGGCUCCGACCAAUAUCACAUUGAUCUGGGACUUCUUGAUUUUGGUGCCUUCUACACAGUCAUACUCAAAGGGGACAGAGAUGAACUAACUUUUGAAAAGAUGGAGGAUAUCCAAGCCAACAAUGUUCACAUUGCCUGGCAGAUUCCACAGUAUGUUUUCCUCACUGCAGGAGAAGUCAUAUUCUCCAUCACUGGCUUGGAGUUCUCCUACUCACAGGCACCCGCAAGCAUGAAAUCUGUUCUUCAGGCCGGAUGGCUUAUGACAGUGGCAUUUGGAAAUGUCAUUGUAUUGAUUGUGGCAGAGGGGGCUGGAAUGGAACAGUGGCUGGAGUUCCUCCUUUUUGCUGGUCUUUUGGUGGCAGUCAGCAUCAUUUUCUCCAUCAUGGCCUAUUUCUACACCUACGUGGAUCAAGACCAGCUGGACAAGAUUUCCAGAGAGGAUGCAGAUGAUCAAAAUGUGGAUUGUUACAAGAGUAAUUAAA